AUGAAUCAUAUUGAUGCUUACCAUAUAAUGAUUGUUUCUCAAUACUUUGAGAGUGUAAAUGAUUAUAUAACACUUGAAAUGGUCUGUAAAAAGUAUCAAAACAAUAUGGCAAAAUUCCAUUUCAAUCCAAUACCACUAACUAGAAAGACAAUGAAAUACUUUCCAAAUAUAGAAACUCUUAACAUUUGGUCUGUCAAUGAUGAGUUUUUUGGUCAUCACAUAUUUCUUCAAAAUAAUGAAUAUGAUGACUUCGUUACUCAAGAAAAAUACGACUUUUAUCAAAUCAACAUAUGGGUCCAAGUUAAUUAUCAGUUUUUUCGCUUUUUUAAUGGAACUAACAAUUUUUCCUUCAAAAAUGUUGUUUACGAUACAAGUAACAGAUAUUUCUAUGGAAAUAUUAUUCCCACCAACAUCAGAAGCUUAGGCGACGAAUGUUAUGCUCGUUCGAACAUCCCAACACUCACAAUUCCCCAAACCGUUACUUCUUUUGGUAACAACUGUUUUUACUAUUGCAGCUAUUUAGAGUCCAUCACUUUACCUCCUCAUAUUAAAAAACUCCCAAAAGAAUGUUUUUACUAUUGCACUCAGUUGACUUCAAUAACAUUGCCUUUUAAUUUGGAGGAAAUAGGGAUGUCUUGUUUUUACAAGUGUUCUUCACUUAUUUCUAUUGAUAUACCAAAUGGCGUCUCUAAAAUGGGUGAAUAUUGCUUUAAUUGUUGUUAUAAUAUCACGUCUGUUGAUCUACCAGACGCUCUUUUGGAAUUGCCAAAUUGUUGCUUCAAUGGCAAUUCUCAAUUGGAAAGAGUCAAAUUUCCAUCUCGUCUUAGAAUUAUAGAAAACAAUUGUUUUAAUAAUUGUCGUUUAUUAAAAACAGUUGAAAUACCAAAUUGCGAAUUAAGUAUAAACGACUACGCAUUUUGUUUAUGCCAAGAAUUGAAAGAUGUGAAAAUUGGUGGUAAUGUUUGCACGUUGGGAAUCACAUGUUUUGGAUAUUGUAAGUCGCUCACGUGUAUUGAAUUGCCAAAUACUAUAAGUAAAAUUGGAGAUGGGUGUUUUAGACAGUGUAUAUCUUUAAAUAAAAUUAAUUUGCCUUCAAAUCUACUGGAAAUACCAGAUAAAUGCUUUUUCGAAUGUUCAAUUUUAAACACAAUUGAUAUACCACGGAGUGUGAGUCUGCUGGGAAAGUCCGCAUUUUAUAACUGCAAAAGUUUGUCAAGAUUAGUUGUCCCAAAUAAUAUCCAAACUAUUGGAACAAUAUGUUUUUGUGGAUGUACUUCACUUGAGAUAACAAUAUUAAAAUCAAAGGAGUACAACCUUGAUAAUUGUUUUGCGAAAUGUUCUAAAGUAAUUCAGUUAUAA